AUGGCAUUGCUCACUCUGCACCAGGGCUGAUUUCCUUCUCGUCUCAGUCUCAACGACAGCAGAGCAUGACAAGCAAACAUGCUGCUGCUGGCAGCACUCGUGGCCACAGCCUCUUUGUCUUGUGGAUUUGCACAAGAAAUUCCCAUGCAGAGCCCUAUGUCCAUCACCAAGUCUAAAGGAAGUGUACGUCUGCAAUGUAACUUUAAAGAUGUCUCUGAAGCUUUUGAUACCACCAUCAUACACUGGUAUCAACAGAAGGCGAAUGAAUCUCCACAGAGGAUUCUGUAUUUUGCAGAUAGAAAAGUAGUAGACGAUGGUUUCCAAGCACACAGGUACAUUGUUGAAAAAGUUUCUCGCCAGAAACUGUGUAUUCUUACAAUAAACGACAUAAUUCCAGACGACACUGCUACCUACUACUGCGCCUACUGGCGCAGUCACCGUGGUAGCGAAAAGAUAUUUGGUUCUGGCACAAAACUCAUCGUCUCCGGCAAAGGAAAUUCUCUACCGGCACACUCUGAAAUCCUGCAGAAAAACCAUGAAAAUCAGACAAUAUAUGUUUGCCUUAUUGAGAAAUUCUACCCAGAAGUUAUUCGGGUGACAUGGACCGAUGAAGCACAUAAGGAGGUAACAGACAACGUAGUACAAGGAGACCCUUGGAAGGCCACAAAAGAGGGUGAAUACUCAAUCAGCAGCUGGUUAACUGUAUCAGCGGCGAACAAAGACAAGAACUAUCACUGCAAAUACGAGCAUGAAAGCCAAGAGCAUUCAUUGCAAACACGAGAAUUUAACAAGCCGCCUUCUCGGGAAGAGGACUGCAGCACAUAUCCUGGGAACAGCACAGUUUUUAAUAGAGAUCACUUAAUGCACAGGACAGCAUAUUUAGUGUACAUUGUCCUUCUUCUGAAGAGCUCCGUGUACUAUCUCAUCGUACUCUUCUUCAUCUACAGAAGGUGGGCUCCAACCAAGCACGAAGGAAAGAAAGCAUAAAUGCUGGUUUAGGAAAAGCUUACAAAAUCAUCUUCAAUUUGCUUUGCUAUGUACUUAUCCAGACAGACUCCCUUGCUCUCAGUUUUAGAUGGAACAACAACAAAAAAAUCCCAAAAUAAUUUUCUGGCAUUAGUGCAUAGGGCUUGUUUUGCUUUAUUGCUAGUGUUUUUAUAUCUGUCUGGUUUUCCUAAUUUUUCUGAGUAUUGAACUGAAGUGGGCAAUAGGAGUAAGGUUAUAUACCUUGGAUUUUAAUCCAAAGUCCAUAUUGCAAAAUGAGGAAGGUACUCAUGUUAAAAGUAGUUAUGCAUGCAGAAGUUUAGAGGUGUAACUGGGCUUUUGACAUAUAAAGCACAGAUGCAUUUUAUCAUUGCACUUAAGGCUUAAUUAGGAGCAUUCCCGUGCUGUAAAUUCACAGGUAUUUGUUCAUUUUUACUUUCAAUGAUUUAUUGCAACUCAUGUAUCCACUAAAUCAGGACUUAAAUAUUCUGAAGUGAUGUGUGCUUUAAGAGUCAAUUAAACACAACUUUAAAAAGUGAACAUAAUAUUUUUUAAUUAAGAAGUCAGACGAGCAUAAAAGCAAUUCUAAGGUGCACAUGUACAGAAAUGGAAGAAAUCCACUAGGCCCCACACCAGCACUGUGGCACAGACUGAAAAUCUGCACAUUGGAUUUUUAAAGAAAGAAAACAAUUGUAAUAAUCAUGAACAUCAACCUGUUUAGAGAUACCUUUUUGAGUUGAGCAAAACCUUAAAUCUGAAGCUUUGAUAGACAAAGUGUUUUCAGAAUAGAGGAAAAAUUCUCAGAUGUUGGACUUUGAACUCUUCAUCUCCAAGUUCCACAAAUCAGUUCCUUUCAAAUUUCUGUGGAAAAAUAGGAAGUAGUCAUACUGGGGUAAAGCAUUUGCUCAGUUUGGGGCAAAACACUGCCGUAAGUUCGGAGAUAAGUGCCUGCAGCAUUUACACUCACUGUAUCCGUAAUGAUGUAGAGGGCAAUAAAAGCUUUCCUCCAGGGGCA